AUGGGUCGGCAUCGGGACGAAAUCCUCGAACUAUCGUGCGACUCGUGGAAGGCUGGCCCCAUCACCAAGGUCAUGGCACCGAAUAUGGCGAGAAACGAGUCUGUAUUGGAGAGUUGGGGACCCGGAUAUCUCAUCACGCCCGAGAAUAAGGAGCUCGAUUUGGAUAGGCUUCGGUUCCGCGCGAUCUUGCCAGUGUCAACACUCCAUUUGCAAGAUGAUGGACAACUGCCGAGCAAGUCAAGCUCCUUGGCUGCCAACAGUCAGCGUACCUAUGCCUUUCAAGGCCCGCUCACAGGCCUUAGCCCCUGCUCGCAUGUGGUAGGCUUAGGUGCCGAUGAGCUUGCACCUUAA